UAGGGAGUUUAGAGGAGUUUGAGUUAGAUAACCGAUACACAACUCCUAUAGCUAGUGAUUUGAUUGCUUAAAGGUAUAUAGUGUCCCCAUAUUUUAUCAAAAAUCUUGGAAUAGUUUAUUUUGCUAUCGUUGACGGCUAGCAGGAAACAACCCUUUCGUAUAGCGCAGAUGUACAACUUACUAUCAAAACAGCAAACGCUAAACGAAUGGUGUGCUUACAUUUUUCUCAGCGCAAAAGAGCGUGGUUUGGAUCAAAGUGAGACACUGCUACACUGGAAAACAAAAGGGCCUCAGCAUCAAAACGUUGCGAACCCAUUUGAAAUAGGGUGUGACCAAGCAACGCUUUUACUACAAUUCCAUUCCUUUAUUAAAUGCAGAAAUAUCAUAUCAAACUUUUACUGUUUGCUUAUUUGAUAGGCUUCUGUUUAAACUAAAGUUUCCGAUGUAAGAUCUUGAUGAACGAAGCAAAAGGUUGACUCAAAUGACUCAAAUGGCGGACUCAAAUGGCGGAGCUAAAAUAAACUUGCAUGAGUUCUCUUUUGAUUAAGUGAAAAAAAAGUGCUGAUUUUCUACUCGAUAAAGAAUGGCGUGAGAGAAUCUCGUUUGGGUGAAAAUCAUCCAUUUUUUGGUCAAACUCUGAUCUAUCGAAGCUCAUAAUUAUCUUACACGUCUCUUAAGAGACAUAAUUAUGUCUUUUUGUUACUCGUUUUAGAAUUUUCAUAAAUACGAAUCAAACAAUGCUCGACUGACUCUUAUAUUCGGUAAUUGAUAUGAAAAAUGAGUGACGAUGGAAAAGAAAAGCCUCAGCAAUUAGCUACAUCUUCGCCAUGUCCGUUGAUUGAAACGAAAAUAUUUUAUUAUAUCGAUGAUCAAGAGCCACCUUAUCUAACAAAAUUAUGUCAACAACAUCCAGUUAAACUAAAAGAUUUUAAGAAUGCUCUCGAUCGAAAUUGUUCAAACCAUAAAUUUUUCUUCAUGGCGUCUGAUAAUACAAUUGGAAAAGUGAAAGAAGAAAUAAUAAACGAUGAUCAAAUAUUACCUUAUGCAGAUAAUAGUACCGAUCGAAUAUUGGCCUAUCUCGUGUCUAUCGAAGGGAGUACAACAUCGGGAGACGAUCGUUCUUCUAAAGUGUCAAAAUGGAAGAAAGCAGAUGAACUCAAAACACAAGUUGCACCAAUGAUGGCUUGGUUUCUGCCACCUCCAAUGUAUUCAGGAGGGUAUUUUCCUCUUUUUUCCAAUAAGGGUCCAAGAGGAAUGAUGCCAAGGGUGUCUCCGUUUCUGCCACCUCCGCCACCUAUAACUGGAUUUCAACAAAGUGGAUCAUCGUCAACCAGCAGUUCGCUCAGAAGAAAAGGAAGUGUUCAAUCCAGACUUCGUGAGCAAGUUAUGGAACGGGAUGAGGAUGUAUCAUAA